AUGUUUGGCACAAAUUUUGACGAGUUCUGUGACUUCAAUGACAGCAUUUGCAGUAAUGAUUCUGGCUUCGAAAGAUCGUAUACAGACUCCUUGGCCACUCCCACAUCAAAUACUACCCCAAUAAAAUCUAAUAAAACCGACCUUGGUAUAUCUUUAACUCCAUCAAAGGACAGUCCUGUACGUCGAAGGCUAUUCACAGAAGAAUUUCAAUUCCCGUUUCAAACACCUACUGAAGAUAUCAAACCAUUUGAUGAUUUUCACCCCAUCGGUAUAACAUCGACACCUAUAAAAGCAAAAGACAAGAAACUGAAGGAUACCACGAAACCAAAAAGGAAAUAUGCAAACGGGAAAAACAGAGUGACAAGAUCUAAGAGUCCAACGCAGAUUAUGAGAAUAAAAAGAAAUAGAAGAAUCAAGGCCAACGAUAGAGAAAGAAAUAGGAUGCAUAUGUUAAAUGAGGCUUUAGACAGGUUAAGGUGUGUUCUGCCAACAUUUCCCGAAGACACGAAGUUAACAAAAAUCGAAACCUUACGAUUCGCACAUAACUACAUCUUCGCUCUAAGUCAAACGCUGGAAGCCUUAGAUAAUAUUAACUCUGGGCAGGUAUCAAAUGACUUCAAUGAAAUAUCACAAAAUUGCGACAAAAUUAACAAAGAUGCCUUUCGAGAAAUCUUUCUGCUGCCAGAUAAGAGUAAUGUUGAUAAAGGUGAUGGUAGUUACAGGAGCUUUCAAGGCUUUAGCAAACCUUUUCCAAAUGGAUCGAAUUUCCUCCAAACGUCUGAGGGUGUUUUGAUUAACGUUGGAAAUGUAACAGUCUCUGUUAAUAACAACGGUGGGAAUUGUAUUACAUCUACUACGGGAAGCGGAUUCUUUACAAAUCCCUCGAGCUACGGUGAUGAUAUGAUACAACAAAACUUCUACAACCAACAGACCCAAGCAUUCCGUAACGGAUAUAAUAACAACUUCGAGAAUGAUAAUACAAAAGAGUAUUUUAAUGAAAAUAACUAUAACUUGUUCAAAAACGCAUUUGAAGUUGCUGCAAAAAAUGGAAAACACGGAAACAAUGAAGGGUCUUCAGAGUAUCCUAAUUAUAAUAAUCAAUUGAAUUGUUACAAUCAAAGAUAUGAAUAUAACAAUCAGAUGAGCCUCGUUCAAUCGAACAUUUAUUUUGAUGACCAGAGAUAUAGGAGUUUUUAUAGAAAUCAAAAUGUUGUGAACGCUAAAAUCUAA